AUGUGGCCAGUUCUGCCUUGUGGCCAACUGAACGAGGAUUUUGAUUGGCCAAUAGAAGGACUGCUCGUUCCAAACAGCCCUCCCAUGAAGAAACCUGUGUGUAAAACAGUGGGGCAACAUGUCCCCAUGAGGCUCCGAGUUUUGCGGAAUGGAGACAAGAACAAGAACAGAGCCCUUAUUAUAAUAGGUCCAGACAUCUCACCUAGGAGGAAAAUGAAAAGUGGUGACAUUGGAAAGAAAGAAAAUAUGAAAAAUUACAUUACUAAAUAUUCAGAAACAGAAACAAACCAGAUUGAAUUUCACCAACUUUUGGAGAGGUGCACUGAAGUUCUAAAUUUACCUUCUGCAGCUCGGAGGUUGUUUAAUGAAAAAGGGAAGGAAAUCUUUGCCCUAAAAGACCUGCAAAGAGAUGAACUAGUGUAUGUUUCAUGUGGCGAAUCUUGGAUCAAUCCUCAUCUGUCUAUUGCUCAGCAAAAGAAGCAAAUCUUCCUGAGGAGCCUUGCUUCAGACAUUUCUAAAAUUCAGACUUUCUGCAGUAUACACACUAUAGAGACUCUUGUUUUAGAAAUCCAAAGUGACAUUGUGUCUGGAGCCAAGCUUGCUGUGCAUAAACCUGUAGCAAUUUUUGGAGAAGAAAAACAAAUGAUAGAAACAGAGGAAGAACAAAGGCAAAAAGAUGCUCUAGCUACAGAUAAUUCUUCCAGUGAAAUCUUAGAUUCACAUGCAAGAGCCCAUUUUCGAAUGAAGGCUUGUCACACACUUCUCAGGUAUGCCUGGCAGAAAGCUUCUCAUGACUUUGAUGAGGAUGACAGCCCUCCAGAGCAAACAGAAGAAGAGUUCUUUGAACUUGUGGAAGCACCAAAGGAAUACAGCCAUUCACCAAAGCAGAGUAAAUUACAGAAGCUUUGCUGCCAGCAGUUUGAAUACAGAGAUGGACAAAUUAUAAGCCACGUUGUUCCUCAACUAGUCUUGGGGGUAGAAGGUCCCAAUCUGCGUCCAGGCAUGGAAGUGAUUUUGGUGGAGAAGAAAGCUGGUAAUAGUCAUCAACACUGGAUACACAAGAAAGGUAGCAGGACAUUUCAUCUGGUGAGUAACCCAGACCUGGUGCUGGCAGUGUCUCUGACCAAGGGUAGAGAUGAAGAUGGUGGUUAUCCAGUUAUUGUUCAGAAAUAUAAACCACAUAACAAUGGGACUUCCAAUCAGAAGUGGCGUUACAUAGAAAAUAUGAAAACUUUUAUGGCCUUUCAUAGCACUACACUAGAUAAGGAAAUCACAGCAGCUAAUUAUGCCGGUAUUUGUACAUCUUCUGUGAUUAAAGAAGAAAACAUUGAUCAACCAGGAUACUAUUAUCUCUCACCUGGAAAGAAAAAACUGAUGUUCUGCUUGGCAUGUGGACGAUCCAUGAGGGCAGAGAAGGGACUGAAACAGUUGCUGCCAGGUGUGCCUUUCCUGUGUGCUUCAGGCUCCAAGACCCUGAGACCCUCCUCACGAGGGCCUUUCAAGGUCAUCAGUGUGGCUGAGGCUGACUUAUCUUCUCAUGAGGCUGAAAAAACCCGAAGUUACUACGAAGAGCGUCUAUCAUCUUUACGGAUGAAGACCUGCACCCCAGUUGUCUCUCAUGGUGUGGCAGCCAUGCACCAGAAGGCCGUGAAAAUAAUUGCAUACAAAAAUGGAGAUGGGUAUCGAAACGGGAAGUUAAUUGUGGCUGGAACAUUCCCCAUGCUUCUUGCAGAAUGUACAGAACAACUUGGUCUAGCUAGAGCAGCCUCCAAAGUAUAUACUAAAGAUGGAACCUCAAUCCUUUCCUUGCGUGAAUUGGUUUUAUGGGCUCUAGAUGAAUCUUUUGGCCAGAAAGUCUCCGAGGGUCAAAAGAACAAUGCAACACUUCCUGGAACAAAAGAGACAACUGUUGAAAGCAUGGAAGAAAACACAAGAAUGAAAGUGAAAAGCACCUUACCUCCCAAGUCUGUGACCUCUGAUAGUUUGGAGGGGAUAGAUAAGUCACUGCUCACCCUCGGCCUCAGAUAUCCUGUCCCCAUCUGGGUAUCUUGUGGUGAACCAUUUCUAUCUCCAAAUACUUUGCAGAAAGCAGAAAAGUUAGAAAAACAGAACUGGUUGAAAAAGGACAAAAUUUUGGCUGAUCUAGAUACCAUGAAACACAAAAUGAGACAGUUAAAAGGGCGCCGAGUAGCAGCAUGUCAGUCGGCCACCAUGGUUCCCAGCAAAAGCCCUGUGCAGCCAGUGGUGGUGGAAGGAGGCUGGACGGAGCAGACUCAAGAGGAAAUUAAGCUCAUGGAGCUUAUAAGACAUACAGAGGCCCACCUUUCUGAAAUCCAAGAACUGCAAUCCAAGAGAAACUCUCCAGUUGCAACUAAGGGUACUGCCCACAAAAAGAGCAGCCUCUAUAAACAGCCAAAUGCAAAACGAGUGUGGAUUUAUCUAAACGGAGGCAGACCUGCAGAUGGAACUUAUGCCUGGGGCAAGACGAUUGCAGAGCUGCUGGAUGACUGCUCUUCUCGUCUCAAAAUGACCCAACCUGCCAGAACACUGUACACCCCACACGGAGAGUUGAUUCAAUCGUGGGAUGAUAUAGAGCGAGACAUGGUCAUCUGUGUGUCCCCAGGAGACAGCUUUGUGACCCAAAAAGAGUUAAAGCGACUGAUGGAGGUCAGAGCAAACUAUGCCAGAAUCCGUAGGCUGCAAGGCCCUCAAGCAACAGACAUCAUGGUGUCACCAUCCACAAAGCUGCUAUCUUUGGAAAGAAAGCUUUCUUCACCUAAACAGAAGACUGUGGCAGAAGGCCAAUUAUUUAGAUAGCUGAAGACUUUGAAUUUAGGAAAAUCCACUUCUAUAAAAGGAAUCUAUGUAGUUUAUAAAUAUUAAAAUUUAGUCCUUACAUUUAUUCCUCAGAAUAAGUGGAUUUUUUCAUGAGCAGAUUUGGGGAAAUGACCAACAUUAGGUACACAUUAUCUAUAAACUCAUAAUAAGACAAUCAUGAUCAAGGGCAUGUUCACCAUAGAGACUUUGCAUUUGCAUUUUAGUGAAAUCCUGAACAUUCUCUAGGCUUUUAAGACUGUGAAGUGGUCAUGUGGGCAAAGCAUCACAUACAGGGGACAUCUUUUGUCUCCCCAACUACAGAAUAAGAACCUAGGGAGACAGAGACACUUGUGUUUAUUUACCUCGCUCAGAACUCUGCCCACAAGGGCUCAUAAUGCUCAGAGCAAUGUGAUGAGAAGAUGAAGUUUAGCUGUCUCCUACUCUUGUGCUGGGCCACAGCUGAAAUUGCAGCGGUACAGUGGGACCAGAGGGUAUGCAUUAUAGAAUUCCGUUUCAGUCAGCUGCUCACAAGCUGCGAUCCUCAGAGUCAAAUCAAGUUAUAGUUGGGUAGUCUUUUCUGUUUUCCAGAAGCAAGAAACACUUCUCAAAAUUGUGCAAAUGAAAUAAAUGCCAUGAUGGAAAUGAGGCAUCUUAUAGUCUUACACUGUUUCUUUGAUGAUUAUACAUUUUGGCUUCAGAUGUUGACUUGAAGGAAACAUUCAAAAAUUAUGUGAAAUUACUUACAAAUGAAUUGACAACAUUCAAAACCUCAGUAGACUAUUACGCAGUUCUCAAACUAUUGUGGUUCACGCACUCCUUUGAGUAUCUUGAAAUCUUUUGAAAAGCCAUAACUAACAGAAUAUA